AUGAGCUACUGGGAAUUCAGAUGGUUAAUGGUUAUGGAUUUCUGCGUUUUUGGAGUGUUGGAAAAGAAAGAAACUGUUGUUUCAGCCCAAAUGAUUUUGGAAAUUGGGAUUCGAAAGAUUGGUGAGGAUGGGGCACAACUAUGUGGGAUCGAGUUACGGUUUGGAAAAGCAGGAGAGGGAGAGUUGGGAGUUGACAGAGGACUUGGAGAUGGAGAAGCAGGACAGGAAGGCGGAGCUGGACUCGAAGAAGGGGAGGGGUCGGAGGAGUUGGCGGCGGCGAGGCGCGUGAGGGAGGUUAUGGAAAAGCACAAUUUUGGGAUACUAAGUCAAUUACUCCCCAAUGAUCUACAAUCAACAUUUGAAAGCACAGGCUAUCUCCUAUUAGUCCAAGCCAACUUCUUUGAAUGUGGUGGACUUGCAAUUGGGAUUACCAUUUCACACAAGAUCGCGGACGGGUUUACACUCGGAACAUUCAUCCGUAGCUGGGCAGCAAUGUGCCUUGGCUCUGAUGUAGUGGCUCUUCCAGCUACAGAAUUUUGUGUUCCAGCAUCUCUUUACCCACAACAAGAUUUAUUCAUCAACUCAUUGUCAACUUCCAGGGAAUAUGUUAAUAGUGAAGCUUGCGUCAAUAAGAGAUUUGUGUUUGAUGCCUCAAAUAUUGUACGUCUCAAGUCUAAAGCCACCAGUGCCACCGUUCCAAAUCCAACUCGUGUUGAAGUAGUGACAGCACUUCUUUGGAAAUGUGCAAUAGAAGCAUCAAGAUCAAACUUGAGUUUUACAAGGCCAGCUAUGCUGUUUCUAGCAGCAAACAUGAGGAAAGUAUUGAAGCAUCCUAAUUUAAUGGGAAAUCUUGUAGGACAUGUCUUUGCAGCAAAGACACAAGAAGGUGAUGCAACUCUUCAAAGCUUAGUUGCCAUAAUCAGGAAAAGCAUUGAGGAAUUUAAAGUGAAAUAUGGCGAGGGAGUUAGCGGGGAUGCUAUUUGCCAAAAUUUUAUAGAGCAUGGAGAUUUAAUGGAUAAUAAUGAUAUAAAUAACUAUAUCUGCAGCAGUUGGUGCAGGUUUGGCUUUUAUGAAGCCAAUUUUGGAUGGGGAAAGCCAUCUUGGGUCACUUUUCCGGGUAUGAAAAUCAAGAAUACAAUUGUGUUGAUUGAUACAAAAGACGGUGAAGGCAUGGAAGCAUUCUUGAGUUUAAAAGAAGAGGACAUGGCUGUAAUUGAAACCAAUAAGGAGCUGCUUGCAUAUGCUUCUCUCAAUCCCACUGUUAUUUGA